AACAUGUCGUUGAGUUAAACAAUUUAAUAUCGACGUCUAAGUUACCUGAAAUUGCUGACAUCUAUAGUGAAGGCGAAGUGCAUAAUGCGCAUUUAAUGAUAAUGAAGUUUGAUUUCACGGAAAGUCCGUGUCCCACAGCCUUUGAUCUAACAAAAGACCCAUGCAUCUUACACAUGCCCUACGAAGAAGAAGUACUCGUGCUAGAGCAUACAUCGCCAACGCAAGGCAAUCCGUACGAACGAUUUAUGAUCACAUUCAAAUAUGUGCCGAUGACUGGCGGGCGUACUCCGAACUCGUUCAUUUGGGAGCGAUCCCGUUUAGAAUGA